AUGGCAGAGCCCGAGGACUCUGUGGGUCAGGAGCCGUGGCCAGAUGACAGUGAUGUGCCUACGAAAGAGCCUAUGAAGAAGAGGCGGCGGUCGGAUCGAGACCAGCGGUUCCGGGCGUUUCCCUCCGCGGAGCAAAGCGCCCUGAAGGAGUAUGAGAGGCUGGAGUCCCGGACCAGAAGGGUGCUGAGCAGCACGUACCAGAAACUCCUCCAGGCCGUCUUCCUGGACGACAGCAUCCCCAGCAGCGUCAAGUACCUCAUAAACCGGCUUCUCGCCUUGAUAGAGCAGCCAUCGUGGGACCCAGUCUACAUCGGGUUGCUUGGAAGCAGCGGGGCUGGGAAGAGCUCCCUCAUCAACGCCCUCAUCCAGCAAGAAGUGUUCCUGCCGGUGUCCGGGGAGAGCACACGCCCCUCGUGUAUCGUGCAAGUGAGCGCAAGCCGCCGUGAGCAGUAUGAGGCCAAAAUCCACCUGCUCUCCGACCAGGAGUGGAAGGAGGAGCUGAAGAACCUGACCAAGUUCCUGCACAGGCCGGAGGAGCUGGGCGGCGAGGAGGAGGCGGCGUGGGGCAGGGACGAGGCGGCCGACGCCCUCUGGAAGCUGCGAGCGCUCUAUGGACGAGGGGCGGAGAGGAGGGGCUUCGAGGAGCUGCUGCGGGCGAAGCCCAAGGGGAAGAUCCCCACCAGCAGAACCAUCACCCUCAAGGCCGAUGAGGCAGCAGAGCUGUCGCUGAAGCUGGACCCUUACAUCCGGACUCCGAGAAGAGGCUGGGAGGGGCAAGCCACCGAGACACAGAUCUGGCCCUUGAUCAAAUACGUGGAAGUGACGCUCCCCAAAUCAGAGCUGAUCCCGGAGGGGGUCGUGCUGGUGGACAUCCCGGGGGCUGGCGACUUCAACAGCAAGCGGGACGAGAUGUGGAAGAAGACCAUUGACAAAUGCUCUGUGAUCUGGGUGGUCAGCGACACGGAGAGCGUUUCCGGGGGAAGAGCCCACGAGGCCCUUCUGCACGAGGGCAUCAAGGCCUGCCAGCGGGGCUUCUGCAGUGACGUGGCGCUGGUGGUCACCAAGACGGACGAGCUGCCCCUGCCGGAAUAUCUACGGGAAAGAGAAGCAGGACCCCAGGCCGAUCAAAGAGCGCGAGAGGCUGUAUUGGAAAGAAAUGAAAUGAUAAAACUACAGAGGAGUCGAAUUCUCAAGGAAAAACUCAAGGCGACACUGCCCGCCGCCGCCGAGGUCCUGGACGCCUCCCCGCUGGUGUACACGGUCAGCGCCCAGGAGUACUGGCAGCGGGCUCUGCUCAGCGAGGAGGAGACAGAAGUCCCCAGGCUAAGAGAAUCCAUCAGGAAAAGGCUCUUGGACAAGAAGAGGAGGCGGGUGACCACGUAUGUGACUGAGGCCUUCGGCUUGCUGCUCCUCACGGACAGCUUCAGCUCCAUGGACACCCGGCCGAGCGAACCCUUGCACCUGAGCGGCCUGCGGAGAUUUGUGGAAGAGGAGAUCCAGCGGCUGGAGAGGGCCGUGGACCAGUGCUUUGCGCGCCUCCAGCAGCCCCUGCAGGAGGGCGUCAGGCGCGCCAGGGCCUCCUACCGACGGACCCUCGGGGCCUGCCUGGUGGUGAGUGGCCCUGGGCGGGGCAAAGCCCUGUGGGACCCCAAGCUGUUUACCACCCUGUUGCUUUCGAAGGACACAGAGAGCUAUAGCGGAGACGGGGAGCAGGGAAGCCGCCCCGGGAAGCAGCUAGAGGGGAUUAGUCACCCAGGAAUGCGCUCGUGGCGGGCAGAGCUGAGCUGGAAGGCUGGGAAGCCCACGGGCCUGGCCCUGAUGCCGCACAUAGAUGCUUUCAAGCACUCUCUGCAGGAGAAGAUGACGGAGAUCGGGCUAAGAAAUGGCUGGACAUCUGAUCACCGCAAAAAGAGCUUCCUGGCCCAGGAGGUAAGAUCCUCACGGAGGGCGGAGGGCGAGGCGGCUCAGAUCACUGGCCGGAAGGCCUGUGAGCGGAUGAAGGACGUGCUCAGACGCGGCGUGGCCCGGCAGGUGGCCGAGGGCAUGUUCGAGAGGGCCCAGGAGAGGAUGCAGCACCAGUUCCUGCAGCUGAAGAACGGGAUCACGGAGAGGGUGAAGGGCAGCAUCGCCACCAUGCUGACCCUCGCUUCGUCCCAGGGGGACGGCCUCUACAAGGAGCUGGCAGACUUCAAAAGCGAAUUCAAGGAGAUGGACAAGCUGCACCGGAGCCUGAGGGAGGUGGCCGAGAACGCUGCGUUGCGGAGGGCCAUGCAGGACUUCCUCGUGAGAAUGUCCCCCCGCAAGGCGGCCCCCAAGCAGACCGAGAAUGAGGAGCAGGGCACGCCAUGGAGCGGAGGCUUCCGCUUUCACUUCCCAGACACAGCCGGCUGCCGGCAGCCGGACAACGGGGAGCCACACCCCAAGGACGCCUGGCACCGCCAGACCUCCUCCUUCUAUGAGUCCAUCUGGAUCUGCCCAGCCGUGGGGACAAGCUCCAGGGGGCUGCUGGGGUCUCUGAGCGGUGGCAGCAGCCGGCUCUCCGGUCACCAUGGCGAGUGCCGGGAACUGAGGGACGGACCUCGGCAGGCGCACAGGCCCCGUGCGCCCGUGUCCAGAGGCCCCGGCACGCACCCCCUGGGCAUGCUUGCGGUGCCCGCGGUGGGCGCCUGGGGUCUCCCUGCCACAGCGAUGAGAGCCUGA